AUGGACUGCCCCUGUUCAGGAAUUGCAAAGAGGGAAACACCAAUCUGCAAGCUUUAUGUAACUGGACAGUUUUGUUCCAUGGCAGGGCAAACUCACCGUGUCUUCCUCUUUGAGGUUUCUUGGCCACGGGAAGAAGAGACAACUGCCGAGUUUGAGGUCGCCGUCUCUAACAGAUCCGAUCCUUCAGCCCCAUCAGCUCAAUCGUCAACCAGGAAGCAAUAUGAAAACUGCGUAAGUUGCCCUAGAUGUGGUUUGUCACGGUGGAAGCUAAACAAAAACAAGGUUGAGAAGAAAGGUGUUCUUGCUAAGGUGGUUUGGUAUUUCCCUCCCAUUCCAAGAUUUAAGAGCAUGUUUAAAUCUUUAGAGACCUCGAGAAAUUUAACAUGGCAUGCAGAUUCUACAAGAGUUGUUGGUCAGUUACGCCAUCCAGUUGAUUCACCAUCAUGGAAGUUAGUGGAUCAUAUGUGGCCUGACUUUGAAAGUGAGCCAAGAAAUCUUCGCCUAGCACUUGCAGCUGAUGGCAUUAAUCCUCAUAGCAACCUUAGCAGUCGGUACAGCUGUUGGCCAAUCAUGUUGGUCAACUAUAAUUUACCUCCAAAUAUGUGUAUGAAGAGGAAAUACAUCAUGCUAACUAUGCUCAUUUCAGGGCCUAAGCAGUCUAGAAAUGAUAUUGAUGUCUAUCUGGAGGUGUUAGUUGAAGAUUUGCAACGAUUGUGGGAAGGAGUUGAUGGAGUCUAUGAUGCUUAUCGCAGACAGUUCUUCAUUCUUAAAGCAGUCUUAUUAUGGACCAUCAAUGACUUUCCUGCAUAUGGUAACCUUAGUGGAUGUACUACACAUGGUUAUUAUGCGUGUCUAGUAUGCGGAGAAGAUACUUAUGCAAGACACUUGGAAAAUGGGAAGAAAAUGUCAUUUGCUGGCCAUAGAAGAUUCCUAUCACGAUUUCAUCCAUAUCGUAGGCAAAUGAAGGAGUUUAAUGGCAUGGAGGAACUUGGAGAAGCAGCUAGACCAUUAUCUGGGAUUAAGUUGUUUGACAAACUUUCUGACAUAAGGCAUUGUCUUGAUGUUAUGCACAUCGAGAAAAAUGUCUUUGAAUCCCUCAUUAAUACUUUGAUGAAUGUUAAAGGGAAAACCAAGGAUAAUGUGGCAGCUAGGUUGGACAUAGUUGAGAUGGGAAUUAGGCCUGAAUUAACACCUAUAGUUGGGGAGAAAAGAACAUAUCUUCCUCUUGCUACGUGCUCAUUCACAAAAAAAGAAAAGUUGCAAGUGUGCAAGUCAUUAAAGGAUAUAAAAGUUCCAGAAGGUUUCUCUUCCAACAUGAAUAAUAUUGUGUGCAUGGAUCAGUUGAAGUUGACUUGCUUGAAAUCCCAUGAUUGUCAUGUUUUAAUGCAGCAUUUCUUACCAAUAGUCAUACGUGAUGCACUGCCAAAACAUGUUAGAUAUGCCAUCAUAAGAUUAUGCUUCUUCUUCAAAGAUAUUUGUUGCAAGGUUAUAGAUGUAGCCAAGUUAGAUAAGCUGCAAUCUGACUUGGUUGUUACACUCUGCUUAUUGGAGCAAUAUUUUCCCCCAUCUUUCUUGGAUAUCAUGCUUCACUUAACUGCCCAUCUUGUUCGAGAAGUCCGAUUAUGUGGACCAGUUUACUUCAGAUGGAUGUAUCCAUUUGAAAGAUGCAUGAAGGUUCUUAAGAGUUAUGUGGGCAGUCGAAAACAUCCUGAAGGUUGCAUUGUUCAGAGAUAUUUAGCAGAAGAAGCAAUUGAGUUUUGUUCAGAAUACCUUAAUGGCGUUGAUCCUAUUGGAGCCCCUCAAUCAAUUCGAGACUCAAAAGCAAAUUUUUUUGACUUGCAAGCAUGCAACACAUCAAUUAUAGUGCAACAAGUUGAUCUGCAACAAGCACAUUUGACUGUGCUAGAAAAUAUGGAAGAAAAAGAUGAAAGGUGGAUACAAGAUGCUCACAACAAGAGGUUUAUUGAUUGGUUUCGCGCAAAGGUGGCUGCUGAAAUUGACAGUUGCAAUGGUGGAACAACAUCGACAUUAACAUGGUUGGCCCAUGGACCGCGUGUGCAAAUCCUUAAGUAUAAUAGUUAUGUGAUAAAUGGUAAUUUAUACCAAACAAAGGCGCGGGAUGAUGAUAGAGUUUGCCAAAACAGUGGGGUUUCUUUAGUUGCCAACACCAUGCUUGUAUGUAGUGCUAAAGAUAAGAAUCCCUUGUUAGCUGAUGUGUCUUUCUAUGGAGUGAUUGAAGAAAUAUGGGAAUUAGACUAUCAUCAAUUUCAUAUUCCUCUUUUCAAGUGUGCGUGGGUUGCAAAUGACAAAGGAAUAAUCAACAACGAUGAAUGUGGCUUCACCUUAGUCAAUUUAAACAAACGAGGACACAAGAAUGACGAAUUUGUGCUUGCAAGUCAAGUCAACCAAGUCUUUUAUAUUGAUGACCCAUUAAAAAAGGGGUGGUCAAUUGUGCUUCCAGUUCCAAAUAGAUGUUAUGAGGAAGAUGAUGAUGAUUAG